AUGGCAUCCACCAUGUCUGCUGGGCCACCCUUGGUCUCGUUGCCUGGCGAGGUUGCGGGCACGGAUGACCUGGAAGCUCUGAAGGUGCAGAGACAGGAGCAUGUCGAGCCGGGGUCAGAUGAAGCACUUCGCGACAUUUGCGAAACCGCGGACACCAAAGUGCCCAUAGGCGACCCCAUCCCGGUGAUCUCUUCCACUUCCGCAAUGCCGGCAGUGCAUGAAGAAGGCACUCCUGGAUCGGGUGGUCUGAUGGCAAUGGUCAAGGUGCAAUGGUCUCGCGCGAAGACCAUAGUGACGAACCUAAAGCCGUACGUGAAGGCUAUGGGGAUGACGCUCUUCACCACCUUUCUCUCUCUGACCUUCAUUGUCACGAUCACGAACAUCGAUCCAGACAGCUAUCAGCCGUGCAAUGACCCUGAUACAUCUGGCUGUGUGUACCUGAAGAUCUACGCAGCUGGGAAUGUUGACACAACUCAGGGGUACUUCGCAAGUGUACAGAAUGGCCACGAGGAAAUCGUGAUGAUGGACCCGUUGCGGGCAUUCGAGGGGACCCCGAUGUGGUGGCGGGGCCUCAUUGACGUUCGGGCAGGCUGGACUUUCAUGACUGCGCCGGCUCUGGGGGACGUUUCGACCUAUCAGCCACCGGCACUCUGCCCAAAUAUGACAACCGAUGCCAUGCACAGGUACUGCGAAAGAGGCGAGAUGAAGGCAGAAGCCCAGAAUCACCUUCUCGGCCCUGGCCGGGAUGUUUUCCUGGGAUUGACCACCCUGUGGUGUGUUCUCCGAAUUGUUCAUGAUUGGCUCGUCCUUCAGCAGCAGAGGCAGCGCGCUGCUUACACGGCUUUUGCUGCGCUAGUCAUGCGAGGGGCCGCCGCUUCAACAGCUGCAUACUGGGCCUUCGGCAGUACAUCUGUUUUUGUUUCGGUUAGCAAGACUGAUGAUUGCGCGUGCUUUUAUCAAAUGCCAGCCGUCCAAGCCCUGCUUACAUUAGUGAGUCCUUUGCUGUUGCUCAAAGGGGGCUAUUUGGAGCUGUUCGACUGGCUGCGUGGGGUCAUUCAUGGGGACUACCUGCAAUUCCAGCCCCACCGAAUUCCACAUCAUGUUGAGCUAUCUAGUGGCUCCUGGGUUUCUGGACACCUGAUGGUAUGGCGAGAGGCCAUUGUGCCUCAGCCUCGCAUGGCUGUGUCGGUGUACAAGCAGCUAGCUGCGUUGUAUAUGUUGCUCGUUGCAUUGUGGGAGAUCGCCAGCUUGCUAUUUAUUGCCCCGCUUGCCCCAAGCACGCUCGUGCGAGCAGAAGAGGUCGUCGUGAAGUUCUUAGACUCUUCUAGCAAUGACACGGCCUACGCCACCCGCUGGCUUUACAGAUUGCUGGACUGGGCGAUCUACUUCACCGCUUGGACCUCCCUCGCAACAGUAGCUUUUUUUGCGUACACCGUUUAUCAACUUUGCAACAAACUGCUUUCGAAAAAAAUUGAGAAGAAGAAGGCUCCAGCAGCUGUUUUUGUGGUUGUUUUUUCGGCUUUGUUUGGAGUCGUCUGCCUGUGCGUCUUCUCUAUGUCGGUGAGCUCGCCCCAAAGUGGCCUGUCCCAUCGAGAAAGGAUGGUAAUGAAGGCCGAGUUGCGAGCAGUCGGGCAGUAUGUGGGGGCGGCAUUCCUUUCUCUCUUUGCUGUGUGCGCUGCCUCCUUCAGUGAUGUCGAGCUCAUCCAGGCGUUGAGCGGCCACGGCGACAGCCUGAAGAAGCCCUCCGAGUUCUUGAAGCUUUGUGAGAAGCAUCCCAAUGCUGUUCACUCCAUGGCCGAACUCAAAGAGUUGAAGGACGCUGCCCAAAUGCUGCAAAAUCACCUAGAAAGCCACGGCGUGGUAGAGGAGGAAGGCGAGGAAGAGGAGGAAGAGGAGGAGGGGAAGGAAUCGAACGUGGAAGAUGAGAAAGAGCCGGAGAUCGCAAAGAAGAAGCUGAAUCGAAAGAUAAGGAUGGAGACCAUGAAUGAAUGGACAAGCAAAGUUGACCGUAUUUGGUACGGCAAAAACGCCGACUGA